GUUCCCAUGGUUCGUGAGCUUCCCCAGCUAGCCUGUAGGUGGGUGUGUUCAGCAGAGUGAAGCAAUGAGAGCCAGCCUGUCAGCCAGCCUUUCAGGCUAAUUAGCUCAGCAUACAACAAAGAUAAGUGAGCCUGAGAGGAGGGCCCCCGAGGGUCUGUAGAUUCUGGGAAAUGUCUGAUUGGCAGAUGUUAAAAGGGAUUCUUUGGUAAUCCAGUGCAUCAAUGAGCUGCACAAAUUCAGUCCAGAGCUGCAAGAAUUCAGGCAUGAGGACACUGUGCAGGAGGCUGGCGCAGGCAGACCCGAGAUGGACAGAACCUUGGAAUCUCUGAGGCACAUCAUUGCCCAAGCCUUGCCUCACAGAGACCCAGCUUUGGUCUUCAAAGACUUGAAUGUUGUGUCAAUGUUACAGGAAUUUUGGGAAAGCAAGCAGCAGCAAAGAGCCACACUGUCCAGUGAGGGCCUGGUGGUCUAUGAGUCAACGCCGUCCUCCGGACCUCCCUUUGUGAGCUAUGUGACUCUCCCUGGAGGGAGCUGCUUCGGCAACUUUCAGUGCUGCUUAAGCAGAGCUGAGGCCAGGAGGGACGCCGCUAAAGUGGCGCUCAUCAACUCUCUCUUCAAUGAGCUGCCCUCCCGAAGGAUCACCAAGGAGUUUAUCGUGGAGAGUGUCCAGGAAGCAGUAGCCUCCACCAGUGGCACUUUAGAAGAUGCGGAUGACCCCAGCACGAGUGUCGGAGCCUAUCACUACAUGCUGGAAUCAAACAUGGGCAAGACUAUGCUGGAAUUUCAGGAACUGAUGACCGUUUUCCAACUACUGCACUGGAAUGGAAGCCUAAAAGCGCUCCGUGAAACGAAGUGCUCUCGGCAGGAAGUCAUCUCCUACUAUUCCCAAUAUUCUUUAGAUGAGAAGAUGCGCAGCCACAUGGCCCUGGACUGGAUCAUGAAGGAGCGCGAAUCACCGGGAAUUCUCUCUCAAGAGCUACGUGAAGCCCUGGGGCAGCUGGAGGAAGCCAGGAAGGCAGGGCAAGAACUACGAUUUUACAAAGAAAAAAAAGAAAUCCUGAGCUUGGCUCUGACUCAGAUCUAUAGUGACCCUGAGCCUUCCUCGCCUGGUGACGACCAGCUGAGCCUCACUGCUCUGUGUGGCUAUCAUUAGCGAGGUCAGUCAUCAGGUUAGCUGAGGACUGUCCCAUCAGGAAUCUCCUUGGAAGAAUUUGUUAUAGAUUUUGGCAUGAUAGUCAGUACUCAAAGGCUGUUCACAGUAUGGGAGGGUAGGAUUGACUGGUCCUGACUCCAACUUCCCACUUCACGUAUCUUUUCAACUAUGUCCUUAGCGGGUCUACUUCAGAAUGAAAGAAUGACAACAAAACUGCUUAAAAAGUAUUAUUCAGGAUUGAUCCGGUCUAAAACCUAGAUGACAUGUGCCUUGCUAAAUUUUAUUGUUUCACACAAUGGGCCAGUACAACAACA